GCCGCUGCCCUGCGCCUGCGCGCGCGUUGGUUCCGGCGCGGGCAGGAUGGUGCUGCUGGAGAGCGAGCAGUUUCUGACGGAGCUUACCAGGCUGUUCCAAAAGUGCAGAACUUCCGGGAGUGUUUUCAUAACGCUGAAGAAAUAUGAUGGCCGAACAAAACCAGUCCCACGCAAAGGCCACGUAGAAAGUUUUGAACCAGCAGACAAUAAGUGUCUUCUAAGGGCAACUGAUGGAAAGAAGAAAAUUAGCACAGUGGUGAGCUCAAAGGAAGUAAAUAAAUUCCAGAUGGCAUAUUCAAAUCUGCUGAGGGCUAACAUGGAUGGCUUGAAGAAAAAAGACAAGAAAAGCAAAACCAAGAAAAGUAAAGCAACACAGUGAUGGAACAGUGUCCUACCAUCACCAUAACAGACUUUACCCUCACUCAAAGCAAAGUCCAUUUCUUUUUGAGUUACCACUUGUCUUUGGCUUUCCUUCCAGCAGGAUACUGGGAUAUGAUCAGUACUUUUGUUUAACCUGACAGCAGAGGUGCUUUCUUUGGAUUGUGGUGUGGCAGGAGUAUGUACAGUGUUAUACUAAAAUAGUUUUAGACUCAGAAGUUUUGUACUUACACUGCUGCUGUUUGUAAAACCUGUUUGGGGGGUAACACAGGGUGAAGAGAAAUGCACCAUACCAUAAACAAAAUAAGACUGGAGGAGGAGCCCCAGUGACAGAUGCCUAGUUUUAUACAUGAGCCUCAGUAAUAACAGGGAAAGCAGGUGCCAACGUAUUAUCAGGAACAGCUGCUUUCCUGUUUGUGUGUCUUAAUCUGAGGGACAUGUCUACAUGAUGCAGUGUGGAUAUCCUUAAGGCAGCCAGCACAGUGCUCGAGCUCUUGUAGAGCCAGGCAGCUGUGCCUUCACUCCAUGCCGAUCCACCUGUGCUGUCCCUGGGUGGGGGGAGGGUAGGACUUUGCAUCGUGUUCCCUUCAGACAUGGCUUAAAAAUGCUCAUGUCAUCUAAACUUUUAUUUUUUUUUAAACUUCAUCCUUCAAUAUAUUUGGGGAUCUGAAUUUUCCUUCCUUCAUAUGAGCAGAUGUAAAAAUACGUAAUUGUUCCUAUUAAACAUAAUGAAAAACGGAUUUGGUUGUAA